GAUUUGAAGCGAGAGGGAAAGAGACAUCAGAGGGGAGGAGGGAGAGACGAGUCAGAAAGUGGAAUCUGCACAAGCAACCUAAAGGGGGAGGAGAGGAAAAACCCUCGAAUCGUUAUAACUAAACCCCAGAUGCAAAGCAAGCAACGACCUCGUCACACUAAAAUAGACUUUGUGAGGGCCAAAAUUAUAAAUUACGAAGCAGAAAUGAAUAUCAACCAACUUCCAGCAGUUUGCACCUAAGACAGACAAGAAGAACCCACUGCAAACAAACCAACCCAGUCCAAACAACGCCUCCAGUAGGAGAAGAGGAAAACCACUACAAGAGGACCCCCUGAGAAGAGACCAGACCCACACGCUGAGAGCGCAGGCGUCUGCGAACCUCCGAACCUCCGUGCGGCGGACGGAGGCACAUCUUUAUUUCGCUUAUCAAGAGAAAGCAAAAAAGUCUCAGCACGUACUUUUCUUUUUCAAAGAUCACCUUUUUUCUUCUUCUUAUUUUCUCGAUAAGAGAAAAGCUUUUGAAAGAGAGCGAGACAGCUGAAGCACCAGCUGGCCAGCCCAGGUGGAAAACAAGAGUGAAAGUGGGGCUUAGUGGGAGCGCAGCGCCUCUUUCGCAAGCCGCAGGGCCACCACCAGCGCUUGAGCCUUGGAUCCCUCAACGUACUGCGAGACGCCGGUGUAUAGCCCGGACCUGUGCCCCAACAUGAUCGCCGCCCAGGCCAAGCUGGUCUACCAGCUCAACAAAUACUACACGGAGCGCUGCCAGGCGCGCAAGGCGGCCAUCGCCAAGACUAUCCGGGAGGUCUGUAAGGUGGUCUCGGACGUGCUCAAGGAAGUGGAGGUACAGGAGCCCCGCUUCAUCAGCUCCCUGAGCGAGAUCGAUGCUCGCUACGAGGGGCUGGAGGUCAUCUCGCCGACAGAGUUCGAGGUGGUGCUCUACCUAAACCAGAUGGGCGUCUUCAACUUCGUGGACGACGGCUCGCUGCCCGGCUGCGCAGUGCUCAAGCUGAGCGAUGGGCGGAAGCGGAGCAUGUCUCUCUGGGUCGAGUUCAUCACAGCGUCCGGCUACCUCUCUGCGCGCAAGAUCCGCUCACGCUUCCAGACGCUGGUGGCUCAGGCGGUGGACAAGUGCAGCUACCGGGAUGUGGUCAAGAUGAUCGCGGAUACCAGCGAGGUCAAGCUGCGCAUCAGGGAGCGCUACGUGGUGCAAAUCACUCCUGCGUUCAAGUGCACCGGUAUCUGGCCUCGCAGUGCGGCCCAGUGGCCUAUGCCCCACAUCCCCUGGCCCGGCCCCAAUCGGGUGGCGGAGGUCAAGGCCGAAGGGUUCAACUUGCUCUCUAAGGAGUGUUACUCCCUGACCGGCAAGCAGAGCUCUGCGGAGAGCGACGCCUGGGUGCUACAGUUCGGUGAAGCUGAGAACCGCCUGCUGAUGGGCGGCUGCCGAAACAAGUGUCUCUCCGUGCUGAAGACGCUGCGGGACCGCCACCUGGAGUUGCCAGGCCAGCCGCUCAAUAACUACCACAUGAAGACGCUGCUGCUGUACGAGUGCGAGAAGCACCCGAGGGAAACAGACUGGGACGAGGCGUGCCUGGGCGACCGGCUCAACGGCAUCCUGCUGCAGCUCAUCUCCUGCCUGCAGUGCCGCCGCUGCCCUCACUACUUUCUGCCCAACCUCGACCUUUUCCAGGGCAAGCCCCAUUCGGCCCUGGAGAGCGCUGCCAAGCAGACCUGGAGGUUGGCCAGGGAAAUUCUUACCAAUCCCAAAAGCCUGGAUAAACUAUAGGGUGCCAGGGACUGCUUGAAAAGCGACACAAACGGGAAUGCUCUCAGACACACAACACACACAACUGGGCGACCAACAGCGGAAACUCCAGACGCAAACUUUUUUGUGAGCCACCUAAAAGGAAGGAGAACCCAACAGAAGACCCUCCCUAAUUAACGAGCGAACAAGAGGAGAGCAAACCAACCAACCAAACAAACAAAAUCACAUUCUUGCACAAAAGUGAUCGUUUUCUUCCGAACAAUGUGAAUUUAAAAGGUCACACAAAAGAAGCAAUCGGGCUUUGCCACCACAAAAUGAAACCCAAGGUACAUUUUCAAAUCAAAGUAUUGUAGUUUCUCCCUUUUCCUUCUCUCUCUCUCUCUUUCUUUCUCUCUGUCUGUCUGUCUUCAAUUUGUUUUGGGUUGCCUGAAUGUUGUCACCAAGUGAAAAAGUAUUUAAUUAUAUGUAAAAUUUCUCUUUUAAACAAAAUUUUGCUGAUGUUAAAUGUAUCUCAGUGCCAAUGUCAGAUGUGCCCCUCCCUCUCGCACCUCUACCCUCACCUUAAGCAGUCUUGUCGAAAACAGUAAUAAAAAUAUUACUUUACGUUGUAA